UUAAAUUUACAAUCACUUGUUUUAUCACUUUUUAGGCACAAAAUUCAAAAUUUGAAUCAAAAAUUGUUGUCUAACUAACCGCAAAGAAGUCGCGCAUAAAACUUUUGAAGACACGAGCGGACAUUUCGAGCAAUUUGGCAGAAGCCACAACAAGGCUGCAAACGAAGUUAAAUGCAAUCCAAUAUGAUGAGUAACGUUGACCCCAGCAACAUACUCAGUCCGUUUAAUAUCUGUGAAUGCGACAACGCCGCCGACUACAGCGGUGACUUUAAUCCCGAGCCCAGUCUAUCGCAUCCCUGUUUUACGCACUACGGUUGCCCUUUCGAAAUGAGCCACAACCGCCAACAACAGCAGUCGGAGCAACCGUCCAAGAACAACUUUGGCAAUGGUGUCGCCGCCACAAGUCGCAUUCCAACCAGAGGAGCAGCUCGGCCACGCCUCUCGCCGCGCAUCAAUCAAUCGUUUCGGCCAGUGUUCCAUGAGAGGGCCAACGCUGAGGAUGCGGCGUUGUUGACCAACACACUGUGGAAGCAGGCACGCAAAUCGGGCAACCUCAGUCUCACUAACAAGGGCAUGGCACGCGUUCCCGAACGUCUCUAUGACAUCAACGAUGCGGAUGAGGACAGUAAAGCAGCAAAUCUGGAGGCAUUAACUCUUAACGAGGAGGACGCCUGGUGGAAUCAGCAGCCACUCAACAAUUUGGAUUUGAGCUCCAAUGCUCUCACACACAUCUCGCCCAAGAUUGAGAAUCUAAAUACUUUGACGGUGUUGCAGCUGCAUGAUAAUGCUCUGGUUGCCUUGCCGCCGCAAAUUGGCAAACUGGAGAAAUUGGUGCGCUUGAAUUUGAGCCACAACAAGCUUAAAGAGCUGCCUCCGGAUCUCUUCAGUUUGCCAGAGUUGCGGCAUCUGAAUAUCUCGCACAACGAGUUCAUCGAACUCGAUCCGGACAUUAGCAAUCUGCACAUGCUGGAGUUCUUGGAUGCUAGUAACAAUAACAUUAAAAGCUUGCCCGGCGGCAUUGGGUUCCUGGUGCGUCUAACAGCGCUGCUCCUGCCCAAUAACCACAUCAAGGAGUUGCCGCCCGACAUUGUCAACAUGCGCUCUCUACAGAAGCUGGAUCUGAUGAAGAACGAUCUGGUGGCCUUGCCCGAGGACAUGGGAUUGCUGCGCAAGCUGCAGUGUCUCUAUGUACAACAUAAUGACAUCAAGGAGCUGCCCAGCUUCGAGGGUAACGAGUCGCUUAAUGAGUUGCACGCCAGCAACAAUUUUAUCGAGCAAGUGCCCAAGGAUUUAUGUGCCAAUUUGCCGCAUCUGAAGAUCUUUGAUUUGCGUGACAAUAAAAUAAGCGAAAUCCCAGAUGAAGUGCAUUUGCUGCGCAAUCUCACUCGCCUCGAUGUCACGAACAAUUCCAUUCAUCAGCUGCCAGUUGCUUUAGCUCAUUUGGCACAUUUGGUCAGCCUGCAAGUGGAAGGGAAUCCCAUCAAAAGCAUUCGUCGCGAUAUUAUACAAUGCGGCACUACGCGCAUUCUGAAGACGCUCCAAGAACGCGCUCAGGCCAAGGAUCGCCAAGGAGGAGGCGCCGAUGUCCAGACUAGCCCAGCAGCUGUUGAGUGUCAAGCGCAGUCUGAGCUGCCUGCUGGCAAUGUGGACAACUAUCGGCAUCAUCAGCAUGUGGCGCCUGUGCAGGCGAAUUACAACAUUGAGUAUCAGCGUCAGUUUCAGAGUCAGUAUUUUAUGCAAAUGCAACAGCAAGAGGAGCAGCAGCAACAACUACCGCAGCAGCAGCCACCUCAGUGUCCUGUUUACUAUGGACAGUUUACACAUCAAGCGGAGCACUUGAAUUCCCAGGCAUCGCAGUUUCAAUUUGAUCCUCAAGCCGCGCAGUUUAAUCCGCAAGUUGCACAAUUUAAUCCUUAUUCGCAAAUGCCAGGCUGUGGUCCCUAUAUGCCCGAACAACCACACCAGCUAAACUAUCGACAAUCCUUUGCGCGCAUUCCCAACUUUUACCGCCGCACAUUCUGCCUCAAAGGGAGCCAAAUUACUCUGCCUGUGCCGUGCAAUUACGUUGGAUACAAAUUGCGACAUACACGCACAUUAGCAGUCAAUUUAGAAGGUCUUACUCAAGUACCGGAUCAGGUCUUUGAGGUGGCUGCCGCUGAAAAUGUGCACGUCGUUGACUUUGCGCGCAAUCAGCUCAAACAGUUGCCUAAUGGCUUGCAGCUCAUGUCGAAGCUGGUCACAGAGCUCGUGCUCUCCCAGAAUGCCAUUGUCGUGGUGCAGCCUUUCAUCUCGCAAUUUACGCGCAUUUCGUAUUUGAAUCUAUCCAACAAUCUGCUCACGGAUCUGCCAAAUGAAUUUGGCGUACUGAAUACGCUGCGUGAACUCAAUAUUGGCAACAAUCGCCUUACCUUCAUACCCAAGGCAUUGUAUGAGCUGCAGGGCUUGGAAAUCUUGUUGGCCAACGACAAUCACAUUACGGCCUUGAAUGUGGCGGGUCUGGAAAACAUGGGACGACUAAAUACGCUGGAUUUGCGUAACAAUGAUAUUGAGUCCAUACCGGCCAUAUUGGGCAACCUGACAAACAUAAAACACUUGGAGCUGAUUGGCAAUCCAUUCCGGCAGCCGCGUCAUCAGAUCCUCAUGAAGGGCACCGAUGCCAUAAUGUCGUACCUGCGCGAUCGCAUUCCCACCUAAAGGAGGACGCUUAACUUUUGCGGGGCGGGGAAAAACUAUUUAUUUAUUUUUUAGCGCACUUUUUACAUUAUUAUAAUUAUUAGUUUUGUUGUGUUAAUUUUGAGAAAUUCAUCGCUUAACCAAAUUAAAGUAGCUGCCACACAACCACAAUGCACACACACUACACUUCGAGCUGUGUGUGUGUGUUUGUGGAUGUGUGGCUACAUCGAGACGCGCGUAUUACCUUGUACCACAAAUAACAAAGGCAACUGCAAUAGACAUAGAGUCAACUCCCAGUCCAUACUAGUCACAGUCACACACACACACAGAAGACGCGCCAAACUAGACUUGCAAAAUAAAAGUGUUUAAAAUGUGUAAAUCGUUGGAUUCCAUUCCUUCAUUGGUGCUCCACAACCUCGUUGCGCAGUCGCUUGGCAAGAGUGCGACGCAGUUGCAACGCUGCAUUCUCUGCCUCAUCCGCUGGCGGCGACGGCGGCAACUCGUCGCCCUCGAGGAGCUGCUGUGCCACCUGUGCUGAGCUGGGACGUGCUCCUCCAGCUGGUGUGCUGCGUGCCACAGUUUCCUGCAGCUGCUUGGCUCGUGUUUGCUUCUUGAUCUCGACGAUUUUGUCGCGCUGCUGACGCAAAUAUUCCUGCCUUGAGACGACAUCGUUGGGAUCCACUUUGUCCUCCUGCUCGAAGAAGAGAUUCAGACGCUGAAACUUAUCGUUGACCAGCUCGAGAUUGGCAUCUUGUUCGGGUGUCAGAGCAGCCUCGGGACUCUCGAGGUCAUCCGACACGGUUUUGGCAAUCAAUUGGUCCACAUCCACAUCCACAUCGCCAGCGGCAUCGCUAAAUGUGGAAUGAAAUAUUAUAGUUGUCAUAAGGCAGGCAGUAAAUCUCUCUUCGGACUCAACUCUGUGGCUGUGGCACUCUCGCUGUCGGAGAGACUUUGUGCCAGCUGAUGCUUCUCAAUCAAGUCCAGCGCCUGCAGCUGCAGCUCCACAUUGCGUUGGGUCAUCAUGCGUAUGAAGAUCUUCAAAUCGUUGGCUGCCCAAAUCUGCUGAAACAACACCUGAUGGAACUGAAACGGAUUCUCGCCCUGUCCCUGCUGUCUGCCCUCGAGGCAAGCCAGUUCAAACUGCUCCGGGGUAAUGUGCAUCUCCUCCAUGAAACUGCCCAGCAUAAAGUCCACCAGAUUCUUGUACUCCUCAUAGAUUUGUCUUAUGUCCGGAUUGUUUUCAUCCGCCUGCAAAUUGGGAUCAAAGACUGCAGCAAACAACGCAGAUUUGGGAAUGAGAAGAUUACGUGGCACUUGGCAGAGAAUCAACAUCGAACUUUACCCAGAGAUUUCUGCUCGAUGAAGGUCUGAAGCGGUGCAUUCCAAACAGGUCCGUGCAGAAAGCAGACGAGUGAAUCAAAUACCCAGGAAUCCUCAGCAGACAUUUCGUGUUGUAUUUUUUGUUGAAAUAUAAUUGCAAUCUCGACUAGAUUGCAGCUACAAUAGAAAUGGCGUCAGAGCUAUGACGAGUUGCUUUCUGUUUGGUCCUUGAAAUGUUUGCCAUGGCAACCAACCAACCCUCCCCGCCCCAUAAAGUAAUCAUUAUAGGGUAUAUAGUAUAGAGUUUAGGGAGAAGAGAAAGUAAAACGCAUGAAAAGUUUUGCAAUUUAUGUUUUUGUUUAAAAACUAUUAAAAACUAUGAUUUAAUUUACUCAAUCAUAAUAUAGAGAUGUUUCAAAUUAUAUAUAUUUGUUGUUGUGUGUGUAUAUGUAUAAUAUGUAUGUUGUAUGUUAGGUAUCGUAUGUGUGUGUGUGUGUGUGUGAGUUAGGAUUAGGGGUAUUUAGACAGCAUAUCAUAUACAAUACACAUUUUUUUGUUUGUUUAUAUAUAAAUACUAUAUGUAUAAACUAUAGUUUUUCAUCUUCUAUUUAUGCAAAUUUCAUUGUUUCACGUUUUGUUUAAAGUUUCAUUUAUUUUAUCAUUUUUAUUUAUUGUUGCAGUUCAUUCAGAAUCAAACAAAAACAACAACAUGGAAGGAUAUAUAUUUUAUAUUUAAUAUGCAUAUGUGUAUGUGUGAGUGUGUGUGGGUGGGUGGAGGGGAAACGUGGACAGAGGCUGCUCCAAGGAGGAAACCAUUUGGAUUCGAAACAGCAACGAAAACUCCAAAAAACAAUAGAUAAUAAAUAAAUAAUAGAAAUACACUUUUACUAUGUAUUUUUCUUAUAGAGCUGCACGCGCACAUGGCAAAAAUACGUUUCGAUUAUUAACAAAUAACUUUAUUGUGGUUCUAGUAGAUUGUGUUGUGAAUAUUGUUGUUGUUGCUGCUGCUGCUUUUUGUUGCUGUUGUUGUUGUUGUUGUCGUCGUCGAUGUGCCGCUUUCUUCAUUAACUACAUUGUUUAGUUGUCGUAUUAAAAAUUA